AUGUAUUACCCCCUUUCUUCUUCUUAGUAUUUUAGUUCUUCGUACUUGUGAAAAGAGGAAAAUUCAUCCCAAUAUUCUGUUUUGGGUGGUUUUAUGGUCAAUAUGUGAGGAUUUUUUGAUAGACCUGUUUUAGUGGCGUUUUACAUUUUAAGUGAAAGGUUUCGGAGUUGUGAAAGUCACGCGCUGAGCAGGGAGCAGUGAGAUACAGAUGUGGCCGAUAGCCGGCAGCAUCUUCACCUUCCGAUCCACGCGAAAAGAGCGGCUCGCUUUCCAGGUGACAAAUACUUGGCGAGGAAUUAUUUCUGACUUUGUGGCUUAUUUUUAGCUGCGCCAAGAAAUAUCAGCCAAGAACCGGAACACCAGAUUCGCUCUGCUUGCUUUGUCUUGGUAAAAACCACACAGUUUUCUUUCACAUGUUGGCAUUGAGACAGGCCUACACAUUGCACUGACCCACAAUGGCCACCGCACCGUACAACUAUUCCUACAUUUUCAAAUACAUCAUCAUCGGGGAUAUGGGAGUGGGAAAGUCAUGUUUGCUUCACCAGUUCACAGAAAAGAAAUUCAUGGCCGACUGCCCCCACACGAUCGGCGUGGAGUUCGGCACCCGGAUCAUCGAGGUGAGCGGCCAGAAGAUCAAGCUGCAGAUCUGGGACACGGCGGGGCAGGAGCGCUUCCGCGCCGUCACGCGCAGCUACUACAGGGGCGCCGCCGGCGCGCUCAUGGUCUAUGACAUCACCAGGAGAAGCACUUACAACCACCUCAGCAGCUGGUUGACGGAUGCACGGAAUCUGACCAACCCCAACACUGUGAUCAUCCUCAUAGGAAACAAGGCCGACCUGGAGGCGCAGCGAGACGUCACGUACGAGGAGGCCAAGCAGUUUGCAGAGGAGAACGGUCUAUUAUUCCUGGAAGCCAGCGCAAAGACGGGGGAGAACGUGGAGGACGCCUUCCUGGAGGCGGCCAAGAAGAUCUACCAGAACAUCCAGGACGGGAGCCUGGACCUGAACGCGGCCGAGUCGGGCGUGCAGCACAAGCCCUCCGCCCCGCAGGGGGGCCGGCUAACCAGCGAACCACAGCCCCAGAGAGAAGGGUGCGGCUGCUAAUGACCGCCUCGCCCACCCCCGUCCCGCCCUCGACCCCGCCCCCGACCCCGCCUCCGUCUGCCCCUGCCU